AUGGAUGUCCUGAGGAUUGCCGCCUCCUUCUGCUCCUUCUUAAGCCUCUUGCUGCUUAUCAUUGGUAUGGCUUCAGACUACUGGACAGGGUCUAGAACCGAUUCAACUGGAGUCGGACUCUGGAGAGUCUGUUCAGGCAUCACUUGUACCUCAUAUUCAAUGAAUGAUCUGUAUGGUUAUAUGCAUGCCACCCGAGCCUUCCUCCUGAUGGGCAUGUUCGCUGGCGCUGCCUCUUUCUUUAGUCUUUGCGCCUCAUUUUAUCGACCUAAGAUUGGUUCCAUUUCUACAGCUCUUCUUGCAGUCCUAGCCAGCAUUGCAGCAGGUGUUUGCUCCCUGAUCGCCAUGGCAUCUUUCACAGGAGUGUCCAUUGCCCAAUACAUGGGACUCUGGGGAAUCUUCCGAUGGUCCUUCGGUUUGGCCUGGGCCUCAUUCCCUCUGUUUCUUAUAACUGGUGGGCUUGCUUAUAUGGUAGUCCGUCGUACUACAGAAGAGUGA